CGGGCUUCGGCGAGCCCGAGGAGGCGCAGGCCUUCCCCGGGCCCCGCAGGUCUCUGUGUCUGUCCCCAGCACUCUGCAAGGCUAGAAAAGGAGGAGGAACCUGUCCAGAAUCCCUGCAGGACAAGGAAAAGAAGGGAAAAUCUCAACAUGGAAAAACUCUACAAUGAAAAUGAAGGAAAGCUGGAAAUCGAGGGAAUGCCAGAAGAUGAAGUGGAGCCUGAAGAUGAAGGAAAAUCAGAUGAGGAAGAAAAGCUGGAAAUGGAGGGGAAGCCAGGGCAUGAGGGAAAGUUCCAGAAUAAGGGACAGCCAGAUGAUGAGGGACAACCAAAAGAUGAGGGAAAGCAAGAAAAGCAGGGCAAGUCUGAAAAUGAGGGAAAACCACACGGUGAGGGCAAGCCAGAAUCCCUGGCAAAACCCGAGGGUGAGCCACGGGCUGCCGAAAAGCGCCCAGCUGAAGAUUACGUGCCCAGGAAAGCAAAAAGAAAAACAGACAGGGGGACAGAUGAUUCCCCCAAGGACUAUCAGGAGGACUUACAGGAAAGGCACUUGGGCAGCGAGGAGAUGAUGAGAGAAUGUGGAGAUAUGUCAAGGGCUCAGGAAGAGCUAAGGAAAAAACAGAAAAUGGGUGGUUUUCAUUGGAUGCAAAGAGAUGUACAGGAUCCAUUUGCCCCAAGGGGGCAACGAGGUGUCAGGGGGGUGAGGGGUGGAGGUAGGGGCCAAAGAGGCUUACAUGAUAUCCCAUAUCUUUAAUGCCUUUGGCCUUCAAUUUUGUUUUCUCUAAUGAGAAUAUUGCUGAUGCUGCUUUCCCUGGCAGGCAUUUGCCAGGCUAUGUGCUUUAACCUUAAGCUGAUAUUUUGUUUUAGGUGUCACUCUUGUUACCAGCAGCCUUUUGGUCCAACUAUAAUGCUCUCCGCCUUUCAGUAGGGAAUUUUCAUCCAUGUGCAUGGAAAAGAUGUUCAUGGUACAUUCCAAAAUAACAAUAAAGAUAAAACCACUUU